AGCUGUUAGCCCAUCUCUAAACUUCAUGGCUCUCUAAUUUUAUGAUUGUCAUGCCAGCACGCAAGCGUUAGUCGAUGCCUUAAGAACGAUCGUUGUCAUGGCCACCGAUCCAAAGCGCUUUCGCUUGGAGCACGCGAAGACGGCGACUCUCACGCGUACGUGUGUCUUCUACAAAUGCGACGAUGACACGGAAGUGCAGGUCUUUCUGCAAGAGGAUGCGAUGACCGGAGUUGGCGGGCUCACUCACGAUGCCUGGCUGGACGAGAGCGGCCUGACCGUCAUGCAGGACAUGAAAGAUGCAGACAAUGUCAGCAUAGGCGACUUUUCGCCGAUGACCAUGGCUUACUCUGCACUCCUCCCCGGCUCCGCCGGCGCCAAGAGUACCUUCGACGAGCUCGGCUCGCUGUCUUUGGAACCUUGCCCAGGAGAAGCG